UAUGUCGCAGUGUGCGUGUGAACUUUCAAUUCAACAGAACACCGUCUGCAAAAGUUGAUUUCGUGAAAAGUUCCCUUUCGCUGUCGGAAAAAUCGUGGAAAAAACUGUGUUUCAGCCAUGGAAACCCGCUGGCUGAAGAAGGAAAAGAUUCCCGGGCCAGCAUUCGUCGAGGUGACGGUGAAGGAAGAGCUGGAUGAUGUGCUGGACGAGUCGGUAGAGUAUCUUCACAGUGAAGCCCCUGCCCCCAAAGAAAUCCGCUCAUCUCCGCGUAAGCUUCCCAAAACAACCAGCAACACAAACACGCAAAAAUCACCUGAUGUCCAGAAAAAAACACCAGUAAUCUUCAAGAGGUCUCGUUGCACCCAAGUCAUGCCAGAGGAUAUUGACCUUGCAUUGAUGAAAGAGUCGGAUCGAGUUGAAAUGUUCAGCAAAGGAAGUCCUAUCGAAUUGCCAAGUGGCGAAGAAAUGAUACCGCAAUGCCGCAUUUGCCUGCGCAGAGUUGCACGUGAAAAUCUCGAAAUAAUCCUUGCACAACAUAAGAAAAAGGCCCGCGUUGUUUUCCAAAUUCGUGUGUUUCCGCACGACGCUUAUCCGUUCAUUUGCAUUAAUUGUCAGAACAUGUUGGAUAUGUUUUUUGAAUUCAAAAAUGCUAUGAUAAAGGCUAAAAAUUUACUCAUGUGCAAGAGAGCUCAUAUGGAAAGCAAUGGUUGGGAUGAUCAAGAGACUGUAGAAUUGUUCAAAAAAUGCCAACAAGUCGUUGCGAACCACCGUCAACAGAUCGAUUCACUGUACGAAGAACAGACCAAACCACAUAAAACUGAGUGCGAAGAAUAUCUUGAAGACAAUGACAGUGAUGCUGGACAUAAUGAUAAUAAUGAUGAUGAUGACGAUGGAGAUGUUAAUGAAAGGAUGCCCGAACCGGUAAUUAAGCCGGAAUGUGUCGUCAAUGAAACUGAAGGUGGUUCAGCAGCAAUCGAAGAUACUGUAACAGUCGAAGUCGCUCCACACGAAGUUGUAGAAACAAACCUAUCCCAUCCAAAGCAGGAAUCAGAUGAAUCUGAACCGGACGAUUCUAUGGAUGAAGACUACAAAGUUGAUGAUGAUUAUGAUCCCGUUGAGGAAUACGAGGAACAUAAAUUCAAAUAUCCGAAAAAGGGCAAGGUGAAGAAAGAGAAGAAGGAGAAGAGAGAGAAGAAGGAGAAAAAAGAACCCAAGAAUAAGCAGCCUCCUACAGUCAUGCGGCAGUUAUGCGAUUUCUGUGGUGAAUCUAUUCGUCCAGAAUCUGUGGAAAGCCAUAGGAAUAAACAUUUGGGGAUAAAACCGUAUAUAUGUUCGGUGGAAAAAUGUGAAGUCGCAUUUUCAAGUAGGUACAACUUGAGUAAACACAUCAAAAAGUUCCACAAACCAGGUGGAGUUGGAGCUCACCCUUGCAAUAUAUGUGGAAAAGUGAUACAAGGUUCGAUUGGAGUUUUGAAAUAUCAUCAAAAACGACACAACAUUGACCAGAAGUCGUACAUCUGCCAAAUUUGUGGCAAAGGAUUUACCAUGAAAUGGUACCUUACUCAGCACUCGAUUAUACACACUGGAGAAUUUCCGCAUAAAUGCAAAUAUUGUGGAAAGAGAUUCAACAAUAAGUGGAGUAUGAAAACUCACGAGAAGAACAUCCAUGAAAAGAAAAAUCAAAUGGUUGUUCAAACAGAACCACAAGAACUUCAAACCUGGAAUCCAGCACUCAUGAAUUCCAUCCCUCUCCCAAUUCCAUUGACCCAUCCCCAAACUAUUCCGCCAGUCGGUCCUCAAAACGUUUACGCAUUAAUUCCGGAUGAAAACAGUGGACAGUAAUAUCCAAGAACUAUAUGCAAGUAUAACUUAUAAUAUGUUCAUGAAUAAAUGGUAAUUAUUUCUAAAUGAG